AAAAAAAAACAAAAAACAGAAAAAGCACAAAACACAAACAAGUAGAAAAAGCGAGUGAUAAAAAAGAGAAAGAGAAAGGAAGAGAUUGAAGAAAGCGACGAUGAAGAGCGGUGGUUUGGGCGCGGUUCAAUCAUCGUACGGCGUCCCGGCGAAACGACGGUGGAGAGGUCUCAUCAUUGCAGUUCUCGGUCUCGUCAUUCUCUCCAUGCUCGUUCCUCUCGUCUUCCUUCUCGGUCUCCACAACAGUUUUCACACUUCUGGAUAUAUAUAUGAACAGAGAAAUACUCCUUCGAGUCCAAAUAUUAUUGAAUACAAUAGGCAUGAUGUUCGCCAUAAAGAGGAUAAGUCUGAGGGAGAUAAAACAAGUCAUGUGAAGGAACUGAUCACUAAGUUUGAACCAACUCUUCCCAAGGAUGUUCUGAAGAAUUAUUCUAAAGGAGACAAGAAUGGGAUCGUAAAUACCAAUGAAGAAAAACAUAGAGGUGUCAAGACGCCGCCGCCGCUGCCACCUAACGCUGCCCUGCAAUCACCUCCAACUACUAAUACUCCUAAAGUUCAUAAUCCUAAACAUGGUCGCACUGAACAAGUCACCCACCCUAAGACAAGUUCUGCUGAUGAAACUGGAACGUCGUGUGAGCUCACAUAUGGUAGUUACUGUCUGUGGCAACAAGAACAUAAAGAAGUUAUGAAAGACGCCAUGGUUAAGAAGUUGAAAGACCAACUAUUUGUGGCUAGAGCUUAUUAUCCUAGCAUUGCAAAACUCCCUGCACAAGACAAACUGUCUCGCCAACUAAAACAGAGUAUACAAGAGCUGGAGCAUGUGCUUAGUGAAUCUUCUACAGAUGCUGAUCUUCCACCACUGGUUGAGACCAAAUCAGAGAGGAUGGAUGUUGCAAUAGCCAGAGCUAAAUCAGUCCCCGUGGUUUGCGACAAUGUUGAUAAGAAAUUUAGACAAUUAUAUGAUCUGACUGAGGAUGAAGCUGAUUUCCACAGGAAACAGAGUGCAUUCCUAUAUAAACUUAAUGUUCUGACAAUGCCAAAGAGUUUUCACUGCCUGGCACUGAAACUAACUGUUGAAUAUUUCAAAUCAUCACAUGAUGAAGAAGAGGCAGAUUCAGAAAAAUUUGAAGAUUCUUCAUUGCACCAUUAUGUUAUUUUCUCUAAUAAUGUGCUUGCAGCAUCAGUGGUUAUUAACUCAACUGUAACUCAUGCAAAAGUAAGUCGGAAUCAGGUUUUUCAUGUGUUGUCUGAUGGUCAAAAUUAUUAUGCAAUGAAGCUUUGGUUCAAGAGGAACAAUUAUGGGGAAGCUGCUGUUCAAGUGUUAAAUGUUGAGCAUCUUGAGAUGGAUAGCCUAAAAGACAAUUCAUUACAACUGUCCUUGCCUGAAGAGUUUCGUGUUUCAUUUCGCAGUUAUGAUAAUCCAUCCAUGGGCCAGUUUAGAACGGAAUACAUUUCAAUUUUUUCUCAUUCACACUAUUUACUUCCUGAUAUAUUCAGCAAAUUGAAGAAAGUUGUUGUUCUGGACGAUGAUGUUGUUAUUCAGCGAGACUUGUCAUCCCUUUGGAACCUAGACAUGGGAGAAAAAGUCAAUGGUGCUGUGCAAUUCUGCUCAGUAAGGCUAGGUCAAUUGAAAGGUUAUUUAGGUGAGAAAGGUUUCAGCCAUAAUUCCUGUGCUUGGAUGUCGGGGUUGAACAUAAUUGACCUAGUGAGGUGGAGAGAGUUUGGUCUUACUCAAACUUAUAAAAGGUUGAUAAAAGAGUUGAGCGUACAAAAAGGAUCCACUACUGCUGCAGCAUGGCCUGCAAGCUUGCUCGCGUUUGAGAAUAAAAUAUAUCCACUCAAUGAGUCGUGGGUGCGGUCUGGAUUGGGUCAUGAUUACAAAAUUGAUUCCAACUCCAUUAAAUCAGCUCCAGUACUACACUACAAUGGGAAAAUGAAACCUUGGCUUGAUCUGGGAAUUCCAAAUUACAAGAGCUAUUGGAAGAAGUAUCUGAACAAAGAGGAUCAGCUCUUGAGUGAGUGCAAUGUAAAUUCAUAGAAAAUUAUUGGAGAGCUUUUAAGAAGCAACAAGAAGAUGCCUGUGCUACGGGUGCUCAAUUUUUCGAUAUAAUUUUUUGAUGCGGUUUUGUGGAAGAAGAGAUAGGGUUGAUGAGAUUAACACAUCUGUUAUAAAAUUAAUCAGUCAAUAAGGAACCUGGAAACUUCACUGCAUUUCCGGCUAAAGCGAAAUUGAGUACCCUCACACUUUUCAAGAUAGCUAAUUGAUGUUGAUUGAGGUUUUUCCCACUGUGUAAUUGGUGGGCAGUACGAAGAGUUAUACAUGAGCAAAGGCAGUAUGACUCAUAUAUAAAAACAGUGAAAUUGUUUGUUUCAAGAUUUAAUUAUGCUUCAUGGUGUAAAUUAUUCAUAGCUGAGAAACAAGUAGAAUGAUUCCUUCUAGUUCUUUGGAUUUAUAAUUUGAGCAAAGUUUGUUCUUGUUUGAUGACAAAUUGUUAUCCAACAGCUAUAUAAACAAAACAAAACAAAAACAAUUUUGUCCUCUGGCAAUGCUUUACAUUAACCUAAUGUAUAUGCGUUCAUUAUUUGUUGUACUAAUAUUUGACCUCUGUCAUCCACCUUAGAGGUGGUCUUAGUUUACAAAUAUUCCAAUGUA